UAGCUCAGUCUCAUUAUCCACACCGACCGUAAAGCACAUACACCUCAAAAAAUCGUUUCUCCACUCUCGAAAAAAGUUUAUAUAUUUUUCUUAGUUCAACUUUUUAAUACGCGAAGAAAAUCGAAAAAAAAACAAACAAAUUUAAAAAUAAAUCAAAAAAGAGAAAUUGAAUUGAUUUGUCUUUCGGUUAUCGGUUUUCGUUUUUGGUUAUCGCUUAUCGGUCGCCAUAAUGAUUGCAUCGCUGCGACGCCAACAUGGCGGCGGUCGCGACUUCCUGUUGGAGAACAAGCAGCGAGUCUCCAAAAUGGAGACCAACGGACGUUGCCUGGCGGCGGCCAGUGCCCGCCGGGUGCCCCUCUGGCGUCCCGUUGCCCUCCACUAUACGGAAAAGCUGCGUCCGCAUCAUCACUACGGUGGACACCGGCGUCCAAGGCAUGGCGGCGGCGCCGGCCCAGAAACUCGCAGCGGUCUGGCUCAGCCGUAUAUGGGGGCAGGAUUUAAAAGAAACCCCGUGACCUUGGCUCCACCCUGCGUCCAUGAGCUGAACCGGCGACGGCAGGCAGAGCAGCAAGAGCAGGUGCGACUCCAGGGAGGUUGGGUGGAUCCAAGGCGAAAGGAGCGACCGGUAAAGAGAAGGUGUCACCAGGAGUGUCAGUGCCAUCAAGGGGCCGAGGUUCCUGCUGCUGUUCCUCCUCCUCCGGCAAGGCAGAGUGAGAGCAGCGACCAGGUGGAACGUCUGUCCCAGAUUUCACGAGCUUCCCAGAGAGAAAGGUUCAUGGCGGGUGAGCAGAAUGUCGAGCCUGAGGCUCCAUUGAGUGCCAGGAGUAGUGCCUCUGCCAUGACCCUCAAGUCGAAGCGUUCCGUGUCCCAGGAGAGUGUUCGUUCGAAUGUCACCGUCAAAUCCAAUAUAACAGUGGUGUCCAGUGCCUCCAAGCUGAGUAAUGUGUCCAAGCAGAGCAGUGCCUCCAAGCUGAGUAAUGUCUCCAAGAAGAGCAGUGCCUCCAAGUUAAGCAACGCCUCCAAGUUAAGCAACGCCUCAAAGAAGAGCCACAAAUCGGAACCCAUGGAGGAGAUGCCCCUGCCAGAAUAUCAAGAACGCGAGCAACUUUAUAACCAGCAGAAUCAGCACUCUCAGCACCAUCAUCCUCCUCCUCCUCCUCCAUCUGAGGCCAAGGGUCAAGAGCAAGUGCAUCAGGAAUAUGAUGGCUAUACUCCCCUUACACCAGCUCAAAGGCAGGCCAUUCGUGAGGAUGCUCAGCUCAAAUAUGGCAAAUUAAUGGAGGAAUAUAAUCAUUUGCCAGUCUCGGCGCCAACUUUGCGAGUUCGAAGCCGCAAGAUUGCCAUUGAAAAGGAGCUGGAUGAAUUGGACUAUGCCAUGAAUAUGUUCGAUCAGCAGCAGCAUAUGGAUGUCUACUAUAAGCAUUAAUCAAGAACUAAAACUAAAACAUCCAACACGUUAAAAUACUCUCAACACUUGUUGUUUUUUGCCGCACAAACGCAACACUAACCAAACAUUUAAUCCAUUUAUCAAGAAGAUUACACUUCAAGUCCGUAUCAAACAAAAUACUAUCAUUGAAGGAUGGAACACAUCAAGCUAACUGUCGCAUGCGAAAGAACACUAUGCAUACACAAUCGGUUCAACACACUAAUAAUAUAAUAAUGUAUUACAUAAAUCAUGAUAAAAUAACACAGCCCGGGAAGGGAAAAUGUUA